CUGUGAAUUGAUUUUUCCUGAUCCUAGAGAGUUGGUCCAUGGAGAACAAUGUCACAUUAUAGUAAUCAGCGCAGGACGAAGACGAUGCAAAAGGAUAAGAAGAAGAAUUCGAGGAAUACAUCAUCAUAUAAUCAAGUAUCGAUUAAAUAUUAAGGUCAGUGGAUAAUUCAUCACGUUCACCACAUCACUUUUUGAUUGUCGAAAAGAUAGAAUGAAGAGCACGUCGAAGAAACGAGCGGCUGCAGGCACUAAAAAGGCCGUAGGUGGAGAAGAUAGAAAGGCGAAUAGUUCUAUAAUUGGGGUUGUUGACGCUAAAGAAGAGGAGGAGACGGCGGAAGCGUUCAAUAACUCCACCAUCAGAACGACGAUUCAGGGCUUGCGAGAAUUGGCCAGUUCUGGGUCAUAUUCCUCCACAAGCCUUGCAUUUUCCGAGAAGCUAGAUUUGUUGGAAGCGCGGUGGCGAAACAAGCUAGAGCUGUACCAAGAAAGAGGGCAAAAGACAGAUGUUGAAAAUGACAAGAACUACCCUAAGGCGACGAGAAGUGCUGGAGGACGUGGGCAAAAAGGUGGCUCAUCUUCGUCUUCAUCGAGCUGUCGGGUACCUGAAGUUUUCGAUCUUCCGUUGCUGCUGCAGCGACACAAUUAUUACCGAGUCAACUCAGGUAGUAGAUUGGGAGACGGAAUAAACGAACACGCGGCUCUUGGUCAUGCGGCAGUCGAUGUCCUCGGGGAUCCAGAACCCAAGAGAAUAAGAGCCGCGGUCAACGAGGAUGCUGUCGAGUCCUCAACGAGUAGUGAGGACGAACUCUCACUCGAUGAUCUAGCGGAUGCACUCGACGAAAACGAAGUUGUGGUUCCCACACAUUCACCUGUGGAGGAAGAUCCGCACAAGAGCAUCGUCGAGAUAAAGAACACCAAGAAACAACAAGAAGAUGUUGUUCUAGACGAUGUCUUCGAAGGUAUCGAGGCGGAUGAAGACGAUGUAAUGUCAGAGCAUGAGGAGGAGCUUCUGGAAGCCGACGUUGCCGACGAAGAGCAAGCGCGCGUCCCCGCACCUUUCUCACCAGGUGUAGCCUGUCUGUGUGGAGAAGGAAAAGUUGAGAAAAUCGCACAAAGAGGCGCACGAGGGUUCAGAGUUGAUCUUGAACAUGCAUUCUUGCGUAUACGAGGACGAGAGAUACUGCUUCCAAACGGUAUCACAGUGAAUCUGAAAUAAUGAACCUGCAAGUACUAGAAACAAUUACAUCUACAUCGUAGAAAAGAUGUUGAAGAAGAUGUAAACCGACGACGGGGUGCAGGCUUACAAGUAGUUGCGGAGGUGCUUUUACCUGGC